GCCUGCCAGUGAACAGCAGCAGCGGUGCUGCCAGUUUGUCCCUGAAGGCAAAACCCAGCGUCCCAUCUGGGAGCCCUCCGGCUCUGGGGAGCUCUGCUGCUGCCUCCACUCCUCCUGCUCUCGGGGUGUCGUCCUCCCACAGCGACCCCCAUCCCGCUGGGACUGGGGAUUCUUCAGCUCCAUCUGCAGCCCCCUUCUCACUUAGCUCUUCUGGAACGACCGGUGGCUGUGGAACUUCUGGGCUUCCCGGCCCUGGAAGUUCUGCUGCUGCAAACUCUUCCAACACCGCUCCGCUUACAGGUGCUGGAACUGCCAAGGCAGCGACAGGAACUUCUCACUCGGGUGCAAGCAGUCCUUCGGCUGCACAGACUGCCGGUGCCUCUGGACACAACGCCACGUCCGCGCCUCCUGCAUUCCCACACGGCAUCAGACCAGGCCAGUUAUGUUCACCGAGGAGCGAAUCAACAGCCCAAGAGCUGGAGCAGUUCAAAGCCAAGAAGUUCACGCCGGGAAAGGUCCCUCAGAAACCACCACUCGCAGACCUUUUACGUGGCUUACCGUGUAAUUUAAUGUAGUUCUGUAGUUAUACUUCUUAGUUGUUGUCCUGUGACUCUUCCAAUAAACAAUGUUGUG